AUGAUUUUAUUUCUAAUUUUAGUUAAGUUCAUAGAAGGAAUUAUUAUUAAGGAAGUGACUGACAAAAACUAAACAAAGAAAUUUCAUUUGGAUAGAGCAACAACAAUAAUCACAAUGCCUCGAGCAGCGGAUUCUAUUUUAAUUGAAAAUCAAAACGAUAGCUACUGUUGGUCUCAACAGCCAGCUGUCAAAACUGAGACAAAAACAAUGAAUAUUAUUACCGAGAAAGAUCUGACUGAUUAUGUGUAUUAAGAAGAAACUCCAUUAAAUUUUGGACAAUUCAUUUCAAUGGUUCAUGUGAGGGAUGGUUUUAUAGCUAUUACUUCAAAUGCCAAGAUUUAUCAUUUGAAAUUUAACUACAAUUACAUCCAUGAAAUAUUCAGUUUUCCAGAAUAUGGAAAUCCUUAUGAAUUUGCAGGAUUUCGAUGGAAGGUAGAUUUACAGGCAUAUGCUCCAACUACAGAAGACAAAGAAGAAAUCCCUUAAAUUCUGUACCUAAAGACUAACAAUUUAGUGCUAGUGUUAUAUCCAAAUAGUGCACAGUUUUUUAGUAUGUAUGAAAUGGAUGCAAAUUCAAAACACUUAAUUUUGUACACUGCUUCAUCUUGGAAGUAGAGAAAAGAGAGAGGACUUACCAAAGAAUAUUUUGGCUAUGUUUAUAGUAGUGUGGGGAGAGAGGGUAUUGAUGUUUAUAGAGUAUCAUCGUAUGAUGUUAGAUUUGAACUAACAAUCGAUUUGAUAAGAUUAUUUCCAGAUUUUACAAAAUUGUCAGAUUUCAUUGUGAUUAAGAAAGAUCAUGAUGAGUUUCACAUGUUUAUGUUGGAUGUUGUGAUAGGAUUAAUUGAAUUGGCAAUAGAGAUUGAAGAUGGUGAAUUCAAAUACAAAGUGAGACCUGAAAUACCGAGAAAGGAGGGAGGCAUUGCAGUUGAUACAAAGAAUGGUAGAAAUGUGUUUGUUGUUUAUAAGGAGUUAUUUAGAUACUCAAUAAUUGAAUAUUUGUAUGACAAGAAUAUAGAAGGAUAUGAAAUUGUGAAUUAGCAUAUAUCUUACUAAAAGGUAGUUGGUUUGAAAGUGACAGAUGAGUUUGUUUUAAUACAAGGUUUGAUCCAUCAUUAAUUAAUUUUCUCAAAUUCUUUUAAAUUAGUUAAUCCAGACACUGAGCCAACUAUCUACACUUUGUUUGGUGUGCGUAAUUUCAUGUUUUUCGAUUAAAAUAUAACAGAUUAUCCUUUGUUAAAGAAAUUCAAUAUAACUGGGUUCCAAUAUGAUGAUUUCUUUUUUGGUGUGACUGGUUCAGGGGCAUUUUUAGUUCGAUUUAAUUUUACACCUGCAGGAGUCAAAUGCUAUAGUAACAAUGGUAAUAUUGUGAUCAACAUUUAAUAGAAACUUAAAUUUUAACUUAACAAAGUUAUUUAGUAAAAUAUAAUGUUACAUAAUUUAUCGAUGGAGAAGUAAAUAGAGACUUAGUUAUAAGACAUAGUUUUUAUUUAAAUGUUUAACUAUCCUAUCCAGAACCAAUAUUAGAAGACGAGUUAAUUAAAACCUUAAUUCUCGUUUUUGUUUUGCUAUUAGGUAAAUAAUUUUGAGAAUUUAAGUUUGUUUAUUGGCUUUAGGAUGCGUCGAGAAAGUCAGAUAGAAGCAUGAGAAUGAGAAGUUUUAGAGUCAACCUAAGACUGUAGAGAUGAUGAUUCAGUAAAACCCUUUCUCAAAAAUAAAUCAGAAGUUAAUGAGUGAAGAUUAUAAAUCAAAAUAAGACAAAAAAAAAGACAAAAAAAAAUCACAUAUGUAAUCAUAAUUGAUUUGA